GUUUUGUUGUCAGUAGCUCCUGAUACGAGCUUUAACAAAGUCGAUGCGAUAUUGUACAAUCAUUUAAAAACGACUUUGGGCAUAUUCGUCGUAAAAAAUAUUUUAAGUUGUGUUAAUUUUCCUGAUAUAAUUUUUUCAUCUAUCGGUGAAAUUACUCUCCAAAUGUUACCUUCAUGGAGAUUAAAAUUGGAGGAAAGCCUGACGUAGCGAGCGCCGCGGCUACGUCAAGGCGCAAUUAAUAGUUUAUUCCAUUGUCUUUCUAAAUAGUAUUAAGAAUAGUAUAAAAAAAUAUUCCUAAUAACGCACAGUAUUGCUGACAAGCAUUUAAUUACGAAGACAAUCCUUACCAAAGUUACCUAAUUAGCGUAAGAUUAAUUAAGAUAAUUUUUUGUUGAGACACUUGAGGCCAAUAUUAGUAUUUAUAAUUAAAGUAUAUUAAUUGUUGACUGCAUUGAUAUAUUUAUUGUUGAUAAAGAAAAAGUAUUUACCGAAAUUGAUCUUUUAUAUAAAUAUUGUUUUUAAUGUUUUUGAAUUAUGUAAUUUACCGAUAAAAUUUUAAAGUUUUGAGCUAAAAGUUAAAUUUUAAUUUCUAAAUAAAAAAUAAAUAAAUAAAAUUGUUGAGGUUGAUAAAGUUUAAGGGAUUAAAAUGAACCUUGAAGUAGAACUGAUAGCUGGAGUUGUCAAGGGUGGUCCACCUCCACCGAAUUUGCCGGCCCCGAGACUUAUCAAGAUAUUUAUUGCUGGGGAACGAAAUGAGUUCCCUGAAGAAAGAAAACAACUGCUGGAAUCGAUUGGACCCGAACUCCAAUCUAUUUAUGAUGACAUGGGAAUUGAAGUAUUAUUGGUGGACAUGCAAUUUGGGACAGAAAAAAACCCCGAUAGCGAUCCGUACUUAGCGGAAUUGUUUCUUGAAGAGAUAAAAGCGUCGUUUCGACACUCACGUGGAUGUUUUUUUCUCGUUCUCGUGGGAGCAGAUUACAGAGCUGGUUGGAUCCCGACGAAACUCCAAGAGAAAAUUUUUCGUACUCUAGUCACAAAUUCACCCGAGCUUAACGACUAUUACGAGUACAAAGAACAUUGUUAUGCUCUAAAGGCCACCAGAGAGGAAACAGUUGAAGACAAUUGGCAAACAACAACGGGCACACGGCUUUCAGAAAUUCUCAAAGCUGCUGCCGAAUCAGCAUUAAUAAACGAUCCGAACAAUACAGAUAUACAGUACUUAUUAAAAUCAACAGCCGAGCGUCAAUUAGAUUACGGAUUAAAUUUAGACCCUCAAGGAAAUGGUAUCAUCACCAUCAUCCGAAACUGGACCGGAGAGAGUCCCCCGCCGUUCCCAGAAUGUCAAAAGCUCAAAAAAAAAUUAAAUUCCCAUUUACCUGAGGACAACGUCCUCAAUUUCGAUGUUAAUUACAACGAUGCUGGAGUUAUCGAUCCCGAUAUAAAUACCCACGAUAACUACCUUACAAAGUUACGCAACCGGGUAUUGGAUCGAGUGCAGAACUUGGUGAAUGCUUCAGUAGAAGCUCUCCCCGAGAUAAAAAGCAGGAAAAAAUUGGUCCAAGAAAUUUAUGCUGAAAGCCUUGCUCAUCAAUCUUUGCUCCGUGAAAUAGAGCCUUUACCAGAAAACGACGACGUUGUACAACGAGUUAGGCAGCUUUUGGAACUCGGCAUAACCCAAAAACACGGUCCUAUAAUAAUUCGUGGUAACCGAUGCACAGGAAAGACCGCGAUAUUAUCGACAGUCUACAAAAAAGUAGACAGCUGGUUUGCCAACAGAACAACGAUGAAAAUAGUACGUCUCUGCACCGCAACACCCAAAUCGGCCUACAAUCUGGAACUGCUCCGCUUAUUGUGUCAACACAUGGGAUUUCUGUCAGGAAACAAUGACGGUAACUUGCCACGUGACGCGUCAUUUCACCCGCUGUAUCUGAAUAAUUGGUUCAAUCAAAUCGUUCGUGGUAUUGAAGAAAAGCCGCUAGACAAUGGUGGCCAGUUGAUUGUCUUAAUUGACGAUUUGAGUCGCCUUCAUCCACUGGACACUGAUAUAGUUACUGCGUUGUCAUGGCUACCGGUGAAUCCGUUGCCACCGGGGUUACAUUUAGUGAUAACGACGCAGUCCUCUCUAGAGACCAUGAAACUGACACCCCUCCAGAGGGACAGGUUCAAACGUCCAGAUGUGCUAAUCGAGUUGCCAGAAACACGCAGCAAGGCUCCUAACGUCGAGGCUCAGCUUGAUAACUUGGAGAAGCUUAUCGGUAAUAAAGCUGCUAAUCGCAUUGGCUCGCUAUUAACAUGCAUCGAGUAUGGAUUAUCGGAAACGGAAUUACUCGAAUUGAUAAUGCCGACAAUGGAUGACAGCCCGCUGUUGCUGGCAGCAGGACAGUUUAAUUUUGCAACUUGGUGUCUGGUACGCAGGAAUUUCGACUCUCUGCUGAGAGUUAGAGUCAUGAGUGGAAGGCUCUUGUUUUCCUGGCGCUGGGUAGUCCAAGACAUCGCUCGGAAACGAUACCUUCCAACCCAAUUCGUGUCAAGACCCUGCCAUGCUGAAUUAGCUGCUUUGUUCUUCGCGGAAGACUGCGAUGACAGCGAACGCUCCCUAAUCACUGAUCAGGAUCCCGGAACUCCUCCGAACAAAGAGACGCCCUUUCAGAGCGUUCCUCAAUCCCAGGACAUCACUUACACGCUGAGACACGUUGAAGAAGCAUGGCUCCAUUUGCUACGAACUGGCGAUGCUGAGAAGAUUAAGAAGUUCUCUGUUUGUGCUUUUGAUUUUCUAUUGGCCGCUGUGCAGAUGAUAAGUGUUAGCUACUUACGAUGCGUGUUGGAACAUGCAAGGCGUUAUUUGCUGGAGCGGGAUCUCGAGUUGGUUUAUUAUACGAUCAGGAAUUCAAGCGACGCUUUGACCAGGGAUCCGCUACAGCUAGGCGCUCAAUUGAUAUCUUGGUUGAGGCCUGUCGUUGGUGAUGGCAAUGAUCCGGCGAAUUCAGUUGAUCAAGUCAGCAAGAUGAUAACUGCAGCGAUGGCUUGGUGCGAUGGAUUCGCUGCUCCACUCUUGGUACCAUUGAACGGAUGGUUGCAGUCGCCACUGCCCUUGCAAAUAAAGACCCUCACUUGUCCCCAGAACGUAAAGUUCGUUGAACCUGCUCCUACAGGACAGCAUGUCAUUGUGAUUCCUGACCAAGGAGAUCCUCAACUUUGGCAUGUCAUGUCUGGCCAGCUAGUCCAUACCUUUAAAGGUCAUUCAAACCCAAUCUCCUGCAUCGCAGUCACUCAACAAUCCCAGUAUCUGCUAACAGGCUCUGAGGACACAUCGAUCAUAGUCUGGGACAUCAAGGAACUAACGUUGAAGCGACGAAUCUGCGAGCAUAUCGCACCAGUUUUGACAGUAACCCCUGCCUUGAACAACUCCGUGAUCGUCAGUGGUGGCGAAGACUCUCGUAUCAUCGCAACAAGUCUUCUAACCGGAGAGGUCUUGAUGAAGGUCGACCAUCACCGCGGACCAGUCACAGCAGUUAAAAUAGACACUGCGGGUGAUGUUCUGAUAUCCGGAUCAGCAGACUCAACAGUGUGUUUGUGGUCUCUGGAAAACUUUCAGCUGCUCAAUAGCAUAACACUCCCGUCGCCUGUGGCGAUGCUCGACGUGUCAAUUGAUUCAGUAUUUCUACUGGCUGUUUGCGAGGACAACAAACUCUAUUUACGUUCAUUAGCAACGGGUACAGAGAUUCACUCACUACGAGGACAUCAAGGCCCAGUUAAAAGUUUGUCCCUAGCCAAAGAUUGCCGACGGGCUGUUGCCGGUGGUGUUGAUGGAAGAGUAUCGAUUUUCGACAUGCACAGUGGUAAGCUGAUCAAACCUUUGAACACAAACUCAUCAGCAGACGUAUCAUUUGUUAAAGUAACCGACAAAGACGAUUUCUUAAUUACUGCUAGUGGAAAUCGUGUAACAUUCUGGAGCUUCCGUGGUGAUGAGAAUAAUUAUCUAAAGUCCUUGGGGUGCAAAGGUAAACACGAAUCGUUGCAGCCACACACAGCUGCGAUAUCAUGCUUGGAUAUAUCUCGCGACGGUGCGACAGCAGUAACAGGUGGAAUCGAUUCCCUGGUUAAUUUAUGGCAAUUGAAUACUCAUGAGCUUAUUAUGACCUUGGAGGGGCAUAUUGCAAGUGUUACGUGUGUUGCAUUCUCAGCGUCUGGUCUAUUCGCCGCUUCGGGAUCUGAAGACAAAUCAGUUAGAGUUUGGGGGCUGACAUUGGGCUUGGUUGUCGCCACGUUUCGUCAUCAAGCACCUGUUACGUCAGUAAUAGCCAUGUUGGAUGGCAGACGUGUCGUCAGUUCUGAUCGCGGAGGCACCAUCAGGGUUUGGGCUGCUGAUACAGGCACACUGAUCCAAUCAGUGUGCGGUCCAGGACAGUGUUUCGCUGUCACCUCAGACAUGAGAUACGCUAUCUGCGGCACUGGUGACAACCACCUGCGAAUUAUUGGUCUAGGAGCUGGUCCGGAGGAGAAGCACCAGAUUACUCACUCUCAGGACAUCACUUGCUUGGUCGUAACACCGGAUUCUCAAUUGCUGAUAACUGGCUCGUGCGACAUGAGCCUCAAGGUUUGGCAGUUAGCUGGCGGAAAACUAUCCCAGGUUCUUGUUGGUCAUACUGAUUACGUUACCUGCGUCGCGGUAGCCGUCACUGAUAAGAGCAUCGUUGUCUCCGGGUCACGUGAUGCUAAUCUGAUUGUUUGGGACAUCAACACUGGAGACGACUUGCACACACUUACAGGACAUCUUGGUCCUAUCACCUGUGUUCGUUUGUCAGGAGAUGGGACUCUUGCAGUAAGCGGCAGCGAAGACAAAAGUCUCUUCAUCUGGGACACUAAAAAAGGAAUCUCUUUGAAUUCAAUCGUCCUGCAUGUUCCGAUCCUCGGCGUUGAAAUAUCCACAGAUUGUUCAAGAAUGGGGCUGCACUUAUUGGAGCAAUGUCGAAUGCCUAUUCUGUGUCUGCACAACACUCCUGCUCAAUAUGUUAAGUUACCUUCCUACGUAGCUCCGAGAGACUUGAGACCUCCUGGGCCAAAGAGACCCGCCAGAAGAUUGUUAAAGAAAGAAGUUUCACUGGACACUUACACUUGGCAACGAAAGUAUGGCCACUUAACUUCAGGAAUAAUGGUCGCUGCGGUGGAAGACAGGCUUAAGCGACGUUUUAGUGUCAGCGCCUCUAUGGAAGAAAUCAGCAAAGCUGGCUUGGCCAAUUCUCAAUCUAGUCUCGGAAGAGAACAAGCUGCGCUUGCGCAGUCGCAACACUUCGAUCAGCUUGAAGCAUUGUGGAACAAACAGUCUCCCCCUCCAAAACCGCGUGGAACGUUUAGUCGCACGCUGUCCAAACAGAGUUCACUUCAGGGAACGCGAAUAUCUGACUCUGACGAAGAAGAUGUUCCAGAUUAAAUUUCGGUUGGAAUAUCGCAGAUAAGUAUAAGUAAGGAAUAACGAUUGGGUAAAUUUAAAUGACAAAGUAAAUUCUUCUCUACCUAAAUAUAUAUAUUUUUGACUGAACUAUAAUUAAACUAUAAUAAAUAUAUAUUAUU